CACCGACGACGACGACGACGUUGCGCCGCGCGAACGUGGCAGCCAGUCAUCGUCACUUUUCGCGACGACACCGCGUGGCUUUCCCGCGACUUUUCCGCGUUUUCGCAAAACACGUGGCCGGCUCGCGCGCGCUCGGCCAUCGCCGGACGCAAUCGGCCAGGCCGCCGCCGCCGCCGCCGCCGCCGCCGCCGCCGCCACGCGACAACCUGUAUUAUCGAUCGCGCGUGCCGCAGUUCCGCAUGGCGCGUUAAGCCAAUCGCGGCGACGGGAUAGCGUCGGAUAAUUUAUGGCGACCGAUCCUGCGAGUCCGAUCGACCGGUGCGAACACGUGGAUCCGACGUUCGUCGUCGUGUCGCGUGCAUAUCUAAGCUCGAGGCGACCCGAUCGACCACGCUCAAUUUGAAUGCGGCUCCUGCGGGACGACGCCACGGCCACGUGAUCGCCGCUCGAUCGAGGCUACGUUAUUUCGAGUGCGAUAACAAUUCGCGGCCGAGUCGCGAUUAUUAGGCUGUGAACGGUUCUUCGCUGAUUUCAGCGUGCGGUGCGCUUUUCGGCGAGCGUCCGUCGCGUCGUUGUCGAGUGUUAUUUUCGUGACGAGAAACUAUCGCGACGCUUCCCGUCUGACUACACAUAUCGACACAUUCGUCUCGCUCCUAACAGCAGAUAUUGCUUUCGCAUACGUUUUCUGAAUGUACGAAAUGUUUCGUGACCGUUUGUACGAUGGAAGUGUUUCGGACAUGUUUCUAAACGAUACGUGCUGCCUGGGAUAUGUCUAACGUCCGACACGGUUGUGUGAUAAGUAUGUGAUAAGUGUAGCUGAAAAGAACAGAGCAUACGACUUAAAAGAUAGUUGAACAUCUGGAAGAUCUUAAACAGCACCUGGAAUAUCACGUUUUUGUCAGAAUUCUCUAUUCCGAUUCUCGACAUCACGUGACCAUUGGCGCGAACGUCUCGAACAUGAUCACGUGACUCCAUAUUUGACGAGGCCAUUACGCACAGGUGGGCUGGUUUCGUCACAAACUUUGCGCCCUUUUCGCGUCGGUUUUGUAAUCUCGCGUGAUUAUUGUGCGUUAAUCGUAUGUGUAACGUAAGUCCUCACAACCCCGCGAGUUGGUGCUUCAGGCUGAUGGAUGUUUCGUGUUGUGCGUAAACGCAACGUGUCAAGUUGUUUCGCUCGUACUUCGUGACCGCGCGCACCUUCGAAAUGCACUGUCGCUAAAAGUUAUGACGUCGUGCUCAAAAUCGUUGUACUUCACUUGCGCGCCCGUUCGCUCCUGGAUUAUCCUGACAGCGGCGGACAGGGUCUCCGGCCAAUUUUGCAAGGGCGAGUACGCGGAACAGGCAGGAAUGAGGAGAUUCACCCGGUGACCUUCUGCCACGAGCGGUAAUGCUACUGGCAAACGGUACCACCUCGAUACCGACCAUCGCCGGCGCUGUCGAGGAGGAAGAGUACGCACGCAGCGAGGCAAACAGCGCGCAUUACGAUGGAUACGUUACCGAUCACACUGAUCUUGCCUCGGAGAUCGACAUCGACGAGUCCGAGUACAGGCGGGAGCUGCUUAACGAUAAAUGGCGUAUGCUCUUCGACAAGUUUGAUCCAGAGGGUUUCGGAGAGAUACCGCUGGAGGACUUUCUGGCAGCCCUAAGGAGUACCGAAUGGAAGACGGAGAUACCGACGAACAAACGUGACAUACUUCUUGCCAGGGCAAAAGAAUCGCGUGUCCAAGCAGUGACUUUCCAGGAUUUCGUCAAUGUGAGCGCAAAGGAUCCAUAAACUCGAAGCUUUUGAAUGAGGGGGCAAACGUUCGCGAGAUCAGCAGAUUGCAACGAGAGAAUCGCUGGGAGCCCUUUUAUUACGCAUUCUCGCGCCCGCUAGUUCCCAUUAUGUGUACCACGGAAUCCAGAGAGGCUCCUCCUCUUCGUCAAAGGCUAAUCCGUUUAUCUGGUUUUCAUGGCUUACCCGGUUCAUAUUGACAAAAUUCGCUUGAAGAUUACCGACUGAUCCUCAGUUUGUAAAUACCUCGGCCUGAGAAAGAGGGCUACCUCGAAUUUCCCAUGUCCACGACCUAAUAAUUCUUUGAAGCGGUCGAGAUCUUGCAAUUCGUACAGAUAUCGACGAACUAUAUCUUCAUUUUUGUCCGAGAAAGGAUAUUCACUACUACACUAUAAGCCAUAGUCAAUUCUGAAUACUCGACUGUCGCGUAUACUACCUGAGUAUUCAAGUUCUUACUCGGGUAUUCGGAUGUUCCCGGUUAUGUAUUUUUAUUAUUAUUUUUCCCUUAUUUAUUCUCUCUAAGUCAUAAUGCAUAAAAAUAUAAAAAUGUCAACAAAAAGUAUAUCGAUUUUACGAAAUAUUAAGUGUUUAAUAUUACAAUAAAAUAUAAAAUAUAUGGAAUCAAAGUAAAAAAAAUGUGAAAUAUCUGGUGAAGUACUCAUUUUUCGCGUUGAUCUUAUUUUAAUACUUUUAUAUAUAUGCUGACGAAGAAAGUACAUAUCUAUUUAAAGCCAAACACGAAACCAUUAAAAAAAUGUGGCCAACAAAAAAUAUAUCGAUUUUACGAAAUAUUAAAUUUUUUACAAUGAAAUAUAAAAUAUGGAAUCAAAGUAAAAAAAAUGUAAAAUAUCUGGUGAAGUACUCAUUUUUCGCGUUGAUCUUAUUUUAAUACUUUUAUAUAUAUGCUGACGAAGAAAGUACAUAUCUAUUUAAAGCCAAACACGAAACCAUUAAAAAAAUGUGGCCAACAAAAAAUAUAUCGAUUUUACGAAAUAUUAAAUUUUUUACAAUGAAAUAUAAAAUAUGGAAUCAAAGUAAAAAAAAUGUAAAAUAUCUGGUGAAGUACUCAUUUUUCGCGUUGAUCUUAUUUUAAUACUUUUAUAUAUAUGCUGACGAAGAAAGUACAUAUCUAUUUAAAGCCAAACACGAAACCAUUAAAAAAAUGUGGCCAACAAAAAAUAUAUCGAUUUUACGAAAUAUUAAAUUUUUUACAAUGAAAUAUAAAAUAUGGAAUCAAAGUAAAAAAAAUGUAAAAUAUCUGGUGAAGUACUCAUUUUUCGCGUUGAUCUUAUUUUAAUACUUUUAUAUAUAUGCUGACGAAGAAAGUACAUAUCUAUUUAAAGCCAAACACGAAACCAUUAAAAAAAUGUGGCCAACAAAAAAUAUAUCGAUUUUACGAAAUAUUAAAUUUUUUACAAUGAAAUAUAAAAUAUGGAAUCAAAGUAAAAAAAUGUAAAAUAUAUGGUAAAGUACUCAUUUCUCGCGUUGAUCUUAUUUUAACAUUUUUAUGCAUACUGACGAGGAAAGAAUAUAUCUAUUUGAAGCCAAAUACGAUACCAUUAAAAAAAAUGUGGCCGACGAAAAUUAUAUCGAUUUUACUAAAUAUAAAAUUUUUUAUAUUACAUUGAAUAAUACCGAGAAUAUAAAAUAUUAUAUUAAAUAUAAAAUAUGGAAUCAAAGUAAAAAAAUGUGAAAUAUCUGGUGAAGUACUCAUUUUUCGCAUUGAUCUUAUUUUAAUACUUUUAUAUAUAUGCUGACGAGGAAAGUACAUAUCUAUUUAAAGCCAAACACGAUGCCAUUAAAAAAAUAUGGUCAACAAAAAGUAUAUAAUAUAAUAUGGAAACACACUUUAUAUUGGAAAGACUGUUAUUAAGCAAAUAAAAACUCAGAAGAGCUCCGAGAUAUUCAAUAAAAAAUUAAAAUACUAAACAAUGGUUAUUGUUUAGUAUUUCUCUCAUUAAAUCUCUCCUUGUCGCGUUGGCUCCGUUUUAUCGAACUGCACUAAAGUGCUCCCGUCAUUCCGUUCGCCUAUUCACCUUAAAAUGCAUUUGAUUGAAACACAAGUAUAUAUAUUUGUGGGACUGCUGGCAAACUGUCAACCGCUGAAAUCUUGGCUUCAUUUGCCGCGGGAAAGUAAUAUACUAUAAUAGGAUUAUAUCUGCAGGUGGCUGCAGGCAGUAGCAAUUAUUCAGAAGCGAGGAAUCGCAAGUAUUCUCGGUACGCUACUAUAAUUUACGGCUGGCGUUGCCGAAUGGCGGUAACUGGGAUUUCCUCGCAUGCAUUGUAUAGUUCGCGUAUGCUUAUCCCACAUACGAUCACGUGAUAAUCUCAUUUGUCAUUUGUGCGGACGCGAAAAUUCAUCCUAAAGCGUCUAAAAGUAGCAUUACGGAUGUACGCCGACAAACUGCAAUGUAACUAUGACGUGAACAAGCAGCUUUGAUGUAGUGAACGCAAACGUAGAUUUACGCAUUACAAAAUCGGCAUGAGAGAGAGAGAGAGAGAGGGAGAAAGAGAGAGAGAGAGAAAGUCCGGUAUUAUAAAUAUUGAUAUUUGAAAUCAUUUUAGGUGGAUAGAACAACUCGGGAAUCUGAAAGUACAUUGAAUAAAAAAAGAAUCUUGUGAAAAGAAAGUAAUCGAGUGAAAAGAGGUAAUUCUUUUUCAGAGUUACACAAAAAUCUGGUUGAAUAAACUGUAAUCGAAUCAAAUUAACGAAAAGUAGAGUCAUAUCAACAAUCUGACGUGUGAAUUUUAACUGCAAAAUUCAAUGAAUAUCAAAUAAUUGAUGAAACUAGUUAUUAUAUACGAUAUACAUGUUUUUUAAUUAUUAAAAGAUUGAUAUAAAUAAAGAUCAGAAGAUAUAAAU